CCCACUCUCAUCUCUCUAUUUUCCCCUUUCUGUCUCUAUAUUUCUCCCUUGUUGGUCUCUUGCACUGUCUCUGUUUCUCUCUGUGUGUGUCUCUGUCUUUUUUUGACUUCCUCUCUUCUUCCUCUUUCUGUCUCCUCUUCUCUAUGUAAAUCUCUAUCCUUUCUGUGUUUAUUUCUCCCACCCCUCCCCGCCACGUUCCUAUGUCUCCAUCUCUCUCUUUCUGCUCCACUCUCUUUCUUUGUCACUUGUGUGUCUCUCUGACUCUGUCUUACAUUCAAUCUCUGUCUCUAUCACCUCCCCCUGCGACUCCUCAAGGCUAAGGAGUGUGUGUGUGUGUGUGUGUGUGUGUAUGUUUCUACACACCCAGCUAUCAGCUGGUCCACAGAUCCGUGGGAGCUGUGAGGCCUUGAGGGGCUGAAGGGGCCCACCAACUCCACUUCUCUCAAGCCCCUGCCCUAGCACCUUCUCUUGGUCCACUGGCACUGGCCCUGAGACUUCGGGGUACCAUGAGAAAAGUUUGUCCCCAGGUGGCUGUGGCAGGCUCAGUUGGAUUGAACUGAGAAACAGUGCAGAGGGGAGCCAUUUUCCAGGGAGGGAGGGGGUAGAAAGACAUCCAUUCAAGCCCCACCUCUUCCAACCUCAAUCCCAUCCCAGCCCCAGCAGGAGUUCUGAGCUUCUCUGGCUUCUGCUUUCCUGCCUUUCCUGGGAAACCUGCCCUGCUAUCCUAUCACACCCUGCAUCCCCCACCCAGCCCUCAUACACUAGGAGCUCUCCUGUUUACCCCCAAGCUUUCCUGUGCCCUCCCAUUCACACACUGCCCAGACUGCUUUCUCAGCAAAUCCUACCUGAUGCCUCCAGGUGGCCCUCCCUGAGCCACUAGCCCCCCCACUAGUCCCUCAACCAAUUGAUUUGACAGCUUUUGACUGAGAGCCUACGGUGGGUUCUGCACUGCUCUUCUAGAAUGUGUGAGUCGAAAAUCCCUACCCUCAUGGAGCUUUCCUUCUAAUAGGGAGGGGCAGGCAAUAAAUCGAAAUUUUAAAGUGAAUAUUUUAUAAUAACCAUAAAUGAAGUGUAAUCUUUAAAACUGUGAAUCACUGUCUGUAAUUAUAUAAUACUUACAUCAACUAUAUGAUAAUAUAAAUAAAUCAAAACUAUAAAAAAGGUAAAUUAUGUAGUGCAUCAGAAGAGAGAAAUUCCAGGAAGAGAAAUAAAGCAGGGCAGGGGGGCACAGAGGUGCUGUUUUCUUACCUAGAUUACUACAGGAGCCUCCUAAGUAGUAUCCCUACUUCUACCUUCGCCUCACAUGGUCUAUGCUCCUCACAACAGCAAGCAGAAUCCCAUUCAAUCCUGAGUCAUAUCACAUCUUAUCUCUGUGCAAAACUCUCCCAUGGCGCCCAUCUCACUCAGAUUAAAAGUCAGAGUCCUCAAUGUGACCUAUGUGAUCUGACCUCACCACCUUGCUGAGCUCUCCUCCUACCACUUUCCCCUUGCUCAUUCCAUUCCACCUACCUCCUUAUUCUUCCUCAAAUGUACCACAUGCAGUCUCACCUCAGAGCCUUUGUUCUGGCUAUUCCCUCUACCUAGACUUCUCUUCUCCCAGGUAUCCACAUGGCUCAGUCACCUCCUCCAUUUUUUUGCUCAGAUGACACCUCUUCCAUGAAGCUUUCCCUGUCCACCUCAUUUAAAACUGUACUUCCAAAAAUAAAACAAAACUGUACUUCCUCCACCCCUGGCACUUCCUAUCCCCCUUCCCUCCUAAAUUUAGGAAUUUAUCAUCAUCUGACCUACUGUAUUUCACCUAUGUAUCUUCUUUGUUAUCUAGAAUGUCAACUUCACAAGAGCAGAGACCUUUGUCUGUUUAUUUCACAUCUGUGUCACCAGUGCCUGGCACACAGUAGAUGCUCAAUAAAUAGUUUUUCAAGAAAUGAGUACAUACAAGCAUACCUUUAUCUUUAUGUUCACACAUACUUCCCACUUCAUUUAAAGUAAAAACCCAAGUCUUUGUCAUGGCCCACAGCCCUGCAUGAUCUGGCCCCAGACCCCUCUGUGAAUUCACUUUCCACUGUCUGUCUUGCCCGCCCUGUUCCAACCACACUGAUCUUCCCACUGUUCCAUGAGUGUGCUAAACACAUUCAUUAUGAAUAAAGAAACCUAUUUAAUGAGUGGCUACUAAUGUUAACCAAAAAGAGAAAAAAAAACCCACUGUGAAAUAGAAUAAAAGCUAAUGAGGUACAUUACAUAUAGGAUCUGUACUGUUUUGUGAAACUUUGGGUUCAGCCCUAUGUGCACAUGUGCGUAUGUGUAUCAGAUUGUGAUGUAAAAUAUAUUUCUUAUUAUGGGUGGCAGUUUUAAAAGUUUGAAGAACACAACCUUUGGGCUUUACAAAGGGAGAGGAGAGCCGCACCCACAUCCCCAUCCCACAGACCCACCAAUGGAGGAAAGAGGUGCAGCCCAGCAGAACAACUGAUGGAGUCCCCUGGGGCCCAUCGCGUACUGGACUGGCUGACCCCAUAGGGUUGGGAGCAGCCCCUGCCCCUCAGUAUGGCCAACACCACUGGAGAGCCCGAGGAGGUGAGCGGUGCACUGUCUCCACCAUCAGCAGUGGCUUACGUGAAGCUGGUGCUGCUGGGACUGAUCAUGUGCGUGAGCCUGGCAGGCAACGCCAUCUUGUCCCUGCUGGUGCUCAAGGACCGUGCCCUGCACAAGGCUCCUUACUACUUUCUGCUGGACCUGUGCCUGGCUGACGGCAUACGCUCUGCCGUCUGCUUCCCCUUUGUGCUGGCUUCUGUGCGCCACGGCUCCUCAUGGACCUUCAGUGCGCUCAGCUGCAAGAUUGUUGCCUUUAUGGCUGUGCUCUUUUGCUUCCAUGCGGCCUUCAUGCUGUUCUGCAUCAGCGUCACACGCUACAUGGCCAUCGCCCACCACCGCUUCUAUGCCAAGCGCAUGACACUCUGGACAUGCGCAGCUGUCAUCUGCAUGGCCUGGACCCUGUCUGUGGCCAUGGCCUUCCCACCUGUCUUCGACGUGGGCACCUACAAGUUCAUCCGUGAGGAGGACCAGUGUAUCUUUGAGCAUCGCUAUUUCAAGGCCAAUGACACGCUGGGCUUCAUGCUUAUGUUGGCCGUGCUCAUGGCAGCCACACAUGCUGUCUAUGGCAAGCUGCUCCUCUUCGAGUAUCGUCACCGCAAGAUGAAGCCUGUGCAGAUGGUGCCAGCCAUCAGUCAGAACUGGACAUUCCAUGGCCCUGGGGCCACUGGCCAGGCUGCUGCCAAUUGGAUCGCUGGCUUUGGCCGAGGGCCCAUGCCACCAACCCUACUGGGUAUCCGGCAGAAUGGGCAUGCAGCCAGCCGGCGGCUGCUGGGCAUGGACGAGGUCAAGGGUGAAAAGCAGCUGGGCCGUAUGUUCUACGCAAUCACACUGCUCUUCCUGCUUCUCUGGUCACCCUACAUCGUGGCCUGCUACUGGCGUGUGUUUGUGAAAGCCUGCACCGUGCCCCACCGUUACCUGGCCACUGCUGUUUGGAUGAGCUUCGCCCAGGCUGCCGUCAACCCAAUCGUCUGCUUCCUGCUCAACAAGGACCUCAAGAAGUGCCUGAGGACUCACGCCCCCUGCUGGGGCACAGGUGCCCCAGCUCCUAGAGAACCCUACUGUGUGAUGUGAAGCAGGCUGGUAGGCAGACAGGCAGGGAGAAGGUCGUGGCCACCACGAUGGAGCCAGCAGAAGGGAAGAGGUAGGGCUCCAUACAUGAGCCUUUCUUUCUGAGCUCCAGCCCCAGACCCUGGAACAACCUGGAAUCUAGGCACCUUUGCCAACACCUCCCCAGGGUUAGGGACUGGGUGGGGACUGGGAAAGAUGCAUUUCUAGUCCUGUGGGGCCUGUCUCCACCUCCUCCUUCUCCACUUCUACAGUCUCUCUCUCCUCUCUCUCUCUCUCAGAAGUGACAAUUCAGAAAAAAAAAAA